ACAGAGUGUAGGAGUCAGGAUUACAGCCGGCCAGCGCAGACAGAGUGAAAGCUCUGCUGAUGAGGGAUGGAGGGGCACAGGUAGGAGAAGACAGAGAAGAGACAAGUGGGACUAGAGCAGUUCACUAAAGACUGAAAGACGCAAACAAGGUGUGUUUCCAGGGAGGGGGGAGGGGGCGGAUCCCCUUUUUUUUUUUGGAAGGUAUUUUCAAACUCCAGCGGCCGACUCACAUCUGUCCCCUUGCUCUGACCAUCUGUCGCAGGCCCCUGAAAGCCUCGUCCCGGGCAGCUGGAUCAGUUCUUCCGAGUCUUAGUUUGAUGGAGCAGCCGCGAGAGUGCUGCUCAUACCAGAGGAGGAGGAGGAAGAAUGGAGGCUGGGAAAUGAAGACUUAAGGGUCACCCUGCAGGAUCUGUGAUAGAUGGGGAGUCACAGUGUGGACAGGUGUCUCGGGGAAAAGAUGGAGGACGUCUGCGUCUUCAUGAACUGGGCAGUGAGAGGGGACAAGACUGAGGAGUUGGACGUUGAGGAUUUGUUUUGUGCUGAUAUUUAGAGCGUGGUGUAAGUUUCUGGCGGCUUUUGGAGCUUUCCCGAAAUCUCAUUCUCCGGCCAAGACAGGAAUUAUCAUCUUCCCCAGAGGUGGGCAGCUUCUGAACAUCCUUAAAAAGGCACUUGCUUGACAGACAAAUAUGCACGCUCACAGAUUUCCACUCAAAGCAUUCUGGGACAUCUUACCUGAAAAGCCUCUACUCAGGUAGAUGUCUAAACUUUUAACUCUAACCUGGAACAUUCAGCCAAGAGAACAAGAGCAACUGCGGACGAUUUGUUAUUUUGUUUCCUUGCUCCUUUACCUAAUUCUUCUCCUCCGGCACCUGCUCGAUUCGAUCCCCCUCCAUCACUCCGUCAAUUCUCCUCCUCCUCCUCUUCCUGCUCCUCUUCUCCACCUCCCCCUCCUCAGCCUUUUUACCAGCGAGUGAUAAUGUGACCUUCUGCCAAAGUGCUGGAAAGCAUGCCACCGUCGCAGCGGGCUCCUCUGUUGCUGCUACUGAAAUAGACUCAAACAAGUGCGGGGAGAGGAAGAGGAAAGGAGGAGGGAGAACACGAAGAAGGGAGAGGGAAGAGAAGAAGAGGGCCAAGGGGGAGAGAAAGGAGAGAAGGGGGGGAGAAAAAAGAAAAAGAGGAACAGGACAGCUGAAGCUGUAGACACGGGAUGAGUGGUGCUGAGCCCGGGCUGGAUGUGGAUUGCCAUCACAGGCAGUAGGUGACUGAGAUGGGCUUUCGUCUAGGCUGCUUGAGCGACUCCCCGUGGUGGCCACCACCGCUGCUGCUGCUGCUGUUCUGCACUAUCCCCUGCUGUUCAGGCCGGCCGUUUGGGAUUCCAACGCCCUCCGUGAACGUGGCGGUGGUGUUCAGCGGCUCGGCCUACCAGACGGAGAUUAAGGGGCGGCUAAGCCGGGAAAAUUUCUUGGACCUGCCUCUGGAGGUGAACCCCAUCACUGUGCUGGUCAAUAACACCAACCCUCGGGCGCUGCUCACCCGCAUCUGUGACACCCUCUCCACCAACCGUGUGCAUGGCGUGGUGUUUGAGGACAAUGUUGGCUCUGAGGCUGUGGCACAGAUCUUGGACUUCAUCUCCACUCAGACAGCUGUGCCCAUUGUGGGCAUUAGCGGAGGCUCUGCUGUCGUCCUGCCAUACAAGGGCGAAGGCUCUAACUUCCUGCAGCUGGGCUCCUCCAUCGAGCAGCAGGUCAACGGUAUGUUCAAGGUGAUGGAGGAAUACAACUGGGACAGCUUUGUGGUCAUAACCAGCCUCUACCCAGGCUACGAAGCCUACGUGGAUUACGUCAAGACCUUCAGGGACACCAGCUACUUCAUAUGGGAACUGCAGGACGUGCUGACCUUCGACAUGUCCGCCGACGGCAUGAAUGACAUCCGAGCACUCAGGCUGCUGCAGCAGAUCGAUGCCCAGGUGUUGUUGGUCUACUGCUCACACGAAGAGGCCCAGUACCUGUUUUCCAUGGCAGCCGGGGCUGGACUGGACGGGCCAGGCUACAUCUGGAUUAUCCCCAGCCUGGCCGUGGGAAACCCAGACAUCGCCCCACCGGAGAGCUUCCCCGUGGGGCUUAUCAGCAUCAUCACAGACCGCUGGAGAAUGAGCCUUAGGAAGAGGGUACGAGACGGGGUGGCCAUCGUGGUGAAAGGCGUGCAGAGCUUUCGGAAGCAGAGGGGCUUCAUUCCCGAGGGCCACAGUGACUGCCACAACCCUGUCAAGCCAUUGCCUGCUAACGACACGCUGUUCAGGCACAUGUUGAAUGUAACCUGGGAGCACAAUGACUUCUCCUUCAACAAUAACGGUUACCUGGUGAAUCCAGCCAUGAUCAUCAUCACUCUGGACAGAGAGCGACAGUGGGAUAAGGUGGGGGCCUACGAGAUGGGCAUCCUGCAGAUGCGAUACCCCGUGUGGCCGCGGUUUGGCUCCUACCUGGAGCCAGUGUCGGAUUACAGGCACCUGACGGUGGCCACGCUGGAGGAACGGCCCUUCGUCAUUGUGGAGGCAGUGGACCCUUCGACUGGUACAUGUGUGAGCAACACUGUGCCCUGCCGACGGCAGUCCAACAAAACGGAGACUAUUGUGGGUCACACCGAGCCGUACAAAAAACUGUGCUGUAAGGGCUUCUGCAUAGACAUCCUGAAGAAGCUGUCCCGCACCAUAAAGUUCUCCUAUGACCUCUACCUGGUCACCAACGGCAAGCACGGCAAACUGGUCCGAGGCAUUUGGAACGGGAUGAUCGGAGAGGUGUUCUACAAGCGGGCGGACAUGGCCAUCGGCUCGCUGACCAUUAACGAGGAGCGCUCUGAGAUCAUCGACUUCUCAGUGCCGUUUGUGGAGACAGGAAUCAGCGUGAUGGUUGCCAGAAGUAAUGGGACGGUCUCACCAUCUGCCUUUUUAGAACCAUACAGUCCGGCGGUUUGGGUGAUGAUGUUCGUCAUGUGUCUCACCGUUGUGGCCAUCACAGUGUUUGUGUUUGAAUACUGCAGUCCAGUUGGGUACAACCGCAGCCUGGUCAGUGCCAAAGAACCCGGAGGUCCCACCUUCACGAUUGGGAAGUCAGUGUGGCUGCUGUGGGGAAUCGUCUUCAACAACUCGGUGCCAAUUGAGAAUCCAAAGGGCACCACCAGUAAGAUCAUGGUCCUGGUCUGGGCUUUCUUUGCCGUAAUCUUCCUGGCUUCCUACACAGCCAACCUGGCAGCCUUCAUGAUCCAAGAGCAAUACAUCGACACUGUCUCUGGACUGAGUGACAAAAAGUUUCAAAAGCCACAGGAGCAGUACCCUCCAUUCCGCUUUGGUACGGUCCCAAAUGGCAGCACAGAGCGUAACAUAAGGAGUAACUACCCCGAGAUGCACUCCCACAUGGUCAAAUACAACCAGAAGGGAGUAGAGGAUGCCCUUAACAGUCUCAAAACAGGGAAACUGGAUGCCUUUAUCUAUGACGCUGCGGUGCUGAAUUACAUGGCUGGCAAAGAUGAGGGCUGCAAGCUGGUGACCAUUGGCAGUGGCAAAGUGUUUGCUACUACUGGUUACGGCAUCGCCCUGCAGAAGGAUUCCCGCUGGAAACGACCCAUCGACCUGGCUCUGCUCCAGUUCUUGGCUGAUGGUGACACACAGAAGCUCCAGACCGUCUGGCUCACAGGCAUCUGCCGCAAUGAGAAGAAAGAGGUGAUGAGCAGUAAGCUGGACAUUGACAACAUGGCGGGGGUCUUCUACAUGCUCCUGGUGGCCAUGGGCCUGAGUCUGCUGGUUUUUGCGUGGGAACACCUGCUGUACUGGAAACUACGUCAUUCAGUCCGCCAAUCCGAACGGCUCGACUUCCUCCUGGCUAUCAGCAGAGGCAUCUACAGCUGCUUCAGUGGAGUAGAGCACACUGACCACAAUGGAAGCAUGCAGAGUCCCGACAUCACCACCAACUAUUCACAAGCCAAUAUGCUAAAGAUGCUACAGACAGCGAAGGACAUGGUGUCCUCUGCCAGAGUGGAGAACUCUCUAGACAACGCUACCAAAACAAUAGAGAACUGGAGCAGGCGGGGGGCCGACAAUGUGCGGGCUGGCCUUCCACCCAGAGUGACAGCCACCGACAUGACCUGCAGCCGUCUACCCUACAUCUCCAGCAUCACUGACAACCACUCACCAUACCCCCAGAGGGCCCUCACACCCACGUUCCCAAUUCAUUAUGGGGACAGCUCCACCCAGCCCCUCCUCGAAAAGCCCCGCGUGGUGACUCGGCCCACCCCACUCCGCUACACACUACCUGCGCGCAGCAGUCAGCACGUCUUAGAGAGGACUCUGCCCAUCUCCAGCCUCAGCAGUCCUCACAUCGCAAUGAGGGACCCUGCUCCCUCCGGUACAGCUAACCCCUACCACAGCAGCAGGCUGUAUGUGGAGAACCAGCCCCGCUACCCAACGUCCCCUUUUGUUCCUUACAGGGAGUUUCAGGUCCCCGAUAUCUACGUGGAGCACAAAGGGCCACUGAGGAGGAAGUUUAGCUACCCUCCUGACUGUGUGAGCCGCAGGAGGAGGUCCCAUAGCUACGUGUUUGAUGCUGCAGACCCCAGAGUGAGAGGUGACUAUGAUGAACCUCGUCCCUGCCUUGCUGAAUUAAGGGCCAAUCACCUCCUGAACAACCAUGCCCCUGAUGCUGCUGCCAUUUCCUGCACUGCAAGACACUAUCCUGGCAGCAGCACCAGCUGCAACUCCUGUAUGAAGUCUUAUCUGGAGCCCGAAAUGGAUGAUGUCCCACUCCUGGGGAAGGACAAACUCAACCGCCGCGCCUCAUUUCUCAGAGCCACAUGGGGCAACGACAGGAUCCAUCAGGUGGAUGAAACAAAGCCCUCAACAUCCACAUCUCCCUCCACCCGCGUAGACAUGCCUGACCUGUUUCCACGGGUGGUUGUGGCCAACCCAAAACCCCACAAGCUAUACAGCAGUCUCGGGCACAACCUGUCCUGCUACCCCUUGGCUGCUGAGCCUGCGUACUUGGACCCUGCCCACAUGGGGUCCUAUCCCUACAAGCAAAAGCUCAAGUACGCUGACUCCACUCGGCUGCCCUCAUACAGGGAAGCCAUCUUGCAGAAUGCCGCUGCCCUGCGCCGCUCCUCCUCCACAGUGGUGCACAGACACUACUCAACCUACCUGAACUCAUACACAGACUUACCAGUGUAUGUGGGGCCACUGGCCCAGGGACCAUCCCAGUUGUAUGAUGGUUCCAAGGACAUGUGCCACAUGUUUCCUUGUACAAGCCACUGCCCUGAAAAUGCAGCAAUGCUGCCUCGUAUGAGUGACAGACAGGUGGUUUACCACAACAAUAUGUUUGGGGCCUAUGAUGGCACAGGAAAGAGAGAGGACCCAGGUAUUGGGAGCAGAGAGCGGAGGCAGGUGCUGGUGGCGCGGAGAGUUAACAGUCCCUAUGUGCCAAAGCCCUGGGGCAGGGUAUCCAGCCUGGAGUCGGAGGUCUGAGCCACCAUCCCCACUGGACUUCCACUCAGCUCUCAUACUGAGCCCCUGUGAGGAGGGGUAUGCCUGGGGCUUCUCCCCUCAGCCUCUGGUUAAAGCAAAAAUCUAACUCUACACCAACAGUGUAUUUGAGAGUGAUGACUCCCAAUUAUGAGUGCAAUAAUAUCCUAGGCAGCGAAAUGUAAAGGAGAAGACACUGACAAGCAAAUUAAUCCUGGGACUUUGUUAGCCAAACUUAUAAUAGUUAAAAAAGAAAAGGCAAUGUUGGAAAGUAUUUAAUAAAUAAGAAUUUAAUCUAUUGAUUGUUAUUUAAAGGAUUUUUAAACUGUGUUGCUGUGUGAAGAAUUCUGGGAGACAUUAUACUGUAGCCUCUCAGUCUGAGUACAACUUGAGACUUUUUCUUUUUUCAGUACCCACCAUUUCAACAGAGAUAAAUUAUUCAGAUAAUUUAGUCAUCAAACUACUCACUUAUUUUCUGUGAAUUUUCUAGCUCCUUGACCUUAGGUGCAAAGUUGCUUCUGGGGCUUCAUUGGUCAUUAAUGUAAUUUGAGUGGGAUUUUAAAAAAGGGAAAACCAUUGUAAAAGAGUAUCACGUGUAUUUCCAUUGUUACGCUACCCUUUAAUAAUAAAGAACAAGGUCAUCACAAGGACCUUUUGGAA